AUGGCGGUUGAAAGGUCUGGAAUUGCCAAAGAUGUUACAGAAUUGAUUGGAAAAACCCCUCUAGUAUAUCUGAACAAAAUCGCGGAUGGUUCUGUUGCUCGCGUUGCCGCGAAACUUGAAUUGAUGGAGCCAUGUUCCAGUGUUAAAGACAGGAUUGGCUAUAGUAUGAUUACUGAUGCAGAGGAGAAGGGGCUCAUUACGCCUGGCAAGAGUGUCCUCAUUGAGGCAACGAGCGGUAACACGGGAAUCGGAUUGGCCUUCCUAGCAGCAGCAAAAGGCUACAAGCUUAUCAUUACAAUGCCUACUACAAUGAGUCUUGAAAGAAGAACCAUUCUUCUAUCUUUUGGGGCUGAGUUGGUUCUGACAGAUCCUGCAAAGGGAAUGAAAGGGGCAGUUCAGAAAGCAGAAGAGAUAUUGGCCAAGACUCCAAAUGCAUAUAUCCUUCAACAAUUUGACAACCCUGCUAAUCCAAAGGUGCAUUAUGAAACUACUGGCCCAGAGAUAUGGAAAGGUACAGGAGAGAAAGUCGAUGCACUUGUUAGUGGUAUAGGUACUGGUGGUACUAUAACAGGUGCUGGGAAAUAUCUUAAAGAGCAGAAUCCCAACAUCAAGCUGUAUGGUGUGGAACCAGUUGAAAGUCCUGUACUCUCUGGAGGAAAACCUGGUCCACACAAGAUUCAAGGGAUUGGCGCUGGUUUUGUUCCCGGUGUAUUGGAUGUUAGUCUUCUUGAUGAAGUAGUUCAAAUAUCAAGUGAUGAAGCAAUAGAAACUGCAAAGGCUCUCGCUCUUAAAGAAGGCCUAUUUGUUGGAAUAUCAUCUGGAGCCGCGGCUGCAGCUGCCAUUAAGAUAGCAAAAAGACCAGAAAAUGCUGGAAAGCUUAUUGUUGUUGUUUUCCCUAGCUUUGGUGAGAGGUACCUAUCCUCUGUGCUGUUUGAGUCGGUGAGACGGGAAGCCGAAAGCCUCACAUUUGAACCAUGA